AUGACAAGUGACUCGUCAAAGCUCAACGUUGUCAUGAUUCAUGGGAUGGACGGAUGUGGUAAGACUACUCUAGCUGAAAAUGUUUUCAACGAUCCACUUACUGAAUAUCACUUUCCAAUUCGUGCAUGGAUAACUGUUUCUCAAGAAUAUAGUGAGCGAGAAAUCUUGAUUCGUCUCUUAGAUUCGAUAAAACAACUUGAUGAUAGUAUGCGUGAAGCAAGAGAAGAACAAUUAUCCGAGCAUUUGUACAAAAGCUUAAAGGGUCGCAAGUACCUUAUUGUAAUGGAUAACGUACGAGAUACUAAGGUCUGGGAUUUAGUAUGGAGAUUACUACCAAAAGACGAUGAAGGAAGUCGAGUCCUAUUAACUACUUCAAAGCCAAGUGUAGUUGAUUACGUCAAAGCCAACUUGCAUGAUUGUAUUUACACGCUCUUGGGUUUUAUUAGGAAUAGUGGCGUUAAGUCUACAUCCAUUGCUUUACUUGAGUCGCUGCUUUGUGAUGUUUUCAUCUGUGUCAAUGACAAACAUUGUGAUGAAAUUGAGCAAAAUAAAGCAGGAAACUAUAUCUUUACUUUUUUACGAUGUCUAGUGGCAGCCACCCCGGUUGUUAAGGAUGAAGCGUUAAUCCCAAUUACGAGAGCAAUACUAAGCGAGAUAAAACUAGAAAAUCGCAGUCCAAGCAAACAUAUGCGUACUGGUUUAACUUGA